AUGACAGACAACUUUCAAACGAUCACUGAAGCGUAUAAAAAAUGGCUGGAAGCUAAUUUGGAGCUUGCUGGAAAUGUGAAAAUAGAAGAUUUAAGGGAUCAAAAUGAGGGAAGAGGUGUUGUAGCCACGAGGGAUAUUAAUGAGGAUGAAGUAUUGUUCAGUAUCUCCAAAGACAAUGUCCUAAAUAUUCAAACUAGUAGUUUAGCCAAUGUGAAAGACAAUAAUGGCGUUAUUUUGAAGCGUUUGAAUCAUUGGGAAGGCUUGAUUUUAUGCCUGGCGUACGAAAGAUCUUUGGGUGAAUUAUCUAGAUGGAAAGGCUAUUUGGAUACUCUGCCUACUUCUUUCAACAACUUAAUAUUUUGGAAUGAGCAAGAUUUGAAUUCGUUGAAACCGUCACUAAUUUUGGACAGAAUUGGUUCUGCAGAGGCCGAAGCUAUGUAUGAUAAAUUAUUUCCAAAGGUGGUAGCAGAACUGGGUGUGAGUGAGGAAUUGAAGGAUGUAAAUUUGAAGGAAUUUCACAAGAUUGCCAGUACGAUAAUGUCUUAUUCUUUUGAUGUAGAGGGGGAAGGCGAUGAUCAGGAUGAAGAAGAAGGUGAAGAGGGGGAAGAGGAAGGGGAAGAUGCAGAACAAGAGGAAGAGGAAAAAGAGAACCAUGACAACUAUAACGAGGCAGAAGAUGAAAACACAGAAAAGAAUCAGAGUGAAAAUGAGAGUGAAAGUGGAGAUGAAGCGUUUGAAUUUGAUGACCACAUUCUUAAAUCAAUGGUUCCAUUUGCCGAUACACUUAAUGCAGAUACUAAUCUCUGCAAUGCUAAUUUAACCUACCAAUCAGAGAACCUUGUCAUGAAAGCUAUUAAACCAAUUAAGAAAGGAGAACAAGUUUACAACACUUAUGGAAACCACCCCAAUUCUGAAAUUCUUAGACGAUACGGUUAUGUGGAAUGGACUGGAUCAAAGUUUGAUUUUGGAGAAAUCAGGCUUUCGUUGAUUGAAAACUAUUUCAUCUCUACGUAUUCGGUCGAGAAGGAGUCUCUCAAAUUGAUUGUCAAAAUUAUUGCUGACAGUGAAUAUCUGUUACAUCUUACUGGAGAAGAUGGAUCCAUUGUGGUUGAAAGUUAUGAUUUUUACAAAGACGGUGAGAUUUUGCCAGAAUUUUUAAUGUUAGUCACUCUGCUGACCUCAAUAUGUCUUUGUAAGGCAGAGGAUUUGAAAUGGUUCAAGAAGACUAUUCGCAUUUCUAAAAGAAAUCCUACAGGAAGUGAAUUGAGCAGAUUCAUUAACAGAACUAGCAAGAAGUGCUAUCAACUCCUGGAGCAAAACAUCAUCACUGAAUCAGUCAAAGAGAACAUCGGCAGAAUACUUGAUCUUCGUCUGAAAGAGUAUCCUGAUGAGAUUAAAGAACUGGUGGGGCAGGAACUUGUUGUUCCUAAAAAGAAGAACAGAGAAGCUAUGGCAGAGACGGUUUUAGUUUGUGAAUACAAAGCGUUAUGGGCUUGUAAAGAUGAAGGGUUAAAGUCCUUCAAAGUCAUUCAGGAUGAGAAACUCAUAAAGAAUAUCAUGAAGAGAAAACUUGAAGAAGAGGAAGGGUCAAAGAGAAACAAACGGAUAAAAGGUUAG